UUAUUGGCGACAGAAAUUAUUUGCCCGGCAGUGGGAGUGGCAAAAGAGUGGCGGCGUGGCGACGGGCGAGUGGGUCGGGUAUAUAAGGGUGGCGAAGGAGGAUCCUCUUCACUUCAGCUCACACAUUCACCUGAGAGAUGCAGCUCUUCGUGCUCCUGACCCUGGUGGGCGCCGCGUGCGCUGCCGCCCUUCCUGCGGAGGCUUCCGCCCCUGUGGAAGAAGCUCCCGCCCCAGCGGAGGCUCCUGCCCCAGUGGAGGACACCGUGGAAGUGGCGCAAGCCAAGGCAGAUUUCGAAGUGGCGUUUAAGGCUGCCGCUGCCGCUGCUGAAGCCGACGAAGUUCCCAUAGUGACCAUUCCUGAGGGCGCUCCAGAACCAGUUGAGGACACUCCUGAAGUCGCCGCUGCCAAGGCAGAGUUCCAGGCCGCCUUCGACGCCGCCGCCAGUGCCGCGGAGGCCGCCCCCGAUUUCGACCUGGACGGUACCCACUCCACCUAUACCGGCUUCCUCUCUACCGUGGACGGCAGGCUGUCUCCCUUCUACACCAACACUUUCCCACUGGGCGCCUACGGCCUACACGCUCCCAUCGUGGCCCCAGCCGCUCCUGUCGCACCCAUCACUUACAACAAUCUGGGUCUGGGAGCGAUCUACGGAUAUCCGGGAGUCUACGGCUUCCCCUAUGGCUACCCCGGUCACUUGGCACUGGCCCCUGCAGUGGAGGCGGAGGAGGUGGCAGUUGAGGAGGCGUAGAUCAGCUCGUCCCGGCAAAGUGUUGGACUUCAGGCGGGGACUUCGCGCCACGCUGCUCUUUCGACAAGCUUCUCUUCUCCUUUUUUGAAUAUUUAGGCUGGUGAUACCAUAACCAUUGGUUUUUAUUCUUUCAAAAUUAUUUCAUGUCUUUCGAUUAUUGAUGAAAAACAAAAUACACACAGUCGACAUCAAA